GCCACUUCCGCCUUCAAAAGUCCUCCAACAUUCCAAAAUGUUGAAGAAGAGAGAAUGAUUCCACAAAACCUCCUUCAAAACCCGCUCGCUCUCACCACCCAGAAGUGCACUCUCGGCUGCCCCAUCCUCGAUCGCUGCCUCGCCGGUGGCGUUCCCUGCAACUCCAUCACCGAGCUAGUCGCAGAGAGCGGCUCCGGCAAGACCCAGCUCUGUCUCCAGCUCGUUCUUUCCGCCCAGCUCCCCACCUCCCUCGGCGGCCUCGCCGCCUCCUCCCUCUACAUCCACUCCGAGUUCCCAUUCCCCUCUCGCCGCCUUCAACAGCUCUCUCAAUCUUUUCGCUCUUCCUACUCCCACGUUCUGGAUUCCGAGUAUAAUCCGCUUGAUUUCGUGUUAGUGCGCGGAGUUCAGUCUGCGGACCAAUUGUUUGAUGUUUUGCUCAAGAUGGAUUCGGUUCUUUUGCGUCCGCCGACCCAGUUGCCUGUUAGGCUGAUUGUGAUUGAUUCUAUUGCGGCUCUGUUCAGGGGUGAAUUUGAGAACACCCCUUUUGAUCUAAAGCGGAGGUCGUCACUGUUUUUCAAGAUUUCGGGGAAGUUGAAGGCUCUGGCUGAGAGGUUUGGGUUGGCGGUGGUGGUGACGAAUCAGGUGGUUGAUUUUGUGGGGCAAGCUGGGGGCUUGAAUGGGCUCAGGGUUGGGAAUUUGGGGAGUUUGUGGUCAUCUGGGAGGAGGGUUUGUGCGGCUUUAGGGCUGUCUUGGGCCAAUUGUGUGAACUCGAGGUUGUUCUUGUCGAGGAAUGAGGAGAUUGUGGGAGAAGUGACUGGUUUGGGGGGUGUGGGAGCUGGGGAUACGGUUAGUAGGCUAACUAGGCGGCACCUUCAUGUUAUUUUUGCACCUCAUUUGCCCGAAUCGUCUUGUGAGUUUGUGAUCUCAAGAGAAGGGGUUCUCGGAGUUGAGAGAUAGUGAUCACUUUUUGAAAGGGAUGGCAUCAGAAGAGACAAAAGACGUGGACUCGUUUUUUUAACUUCAUUUCAAUUAUUUAAAUGGGGUUCUGGAGGAGAAGAAUAUUGGGAAUUGUAUGUUUUUUUUUCCCUUUUCAACACAGCCUUCCUCCAUUUUGGUGCUUAAGAUCAUUGUUGGUCACUGUUGCUGUUGUUUCUGCUGCUGCUCACUGUUUGUUUUGUUGCUUCUGCUGCUGCUGUUUAUAAAUUGCUGUUUGCUGAUCAUGUGGUCACAUUCAAUGCUUUUGUUUAGAGAGGACUGGAUUAAUCUUUAACACAUGUAAAAAGGAAGGUAAGAGGAUUCUGCUAAGCCACCUCUGCAACUGAUAUUAGUAUUCACUACACAGCUGUUAAAAUCUGCAACUGCAGUAGCUGCUCAUAAUGCUCUUCGUCUUCAGCUUUACUUGUUCUUUAGUACCCUCCCCUCUCUCUUCACUAUGGCCUUAACAGAUUGCCUCACUGGGGAUAUGACAACUGUAGAUCGAAAUUUGGCUUCAAGGGAGUGGAAUUGUUUGUUGAAAACAAACUCUGUUAUUAAUGCCUGCUUGCUGAUGCCAUAGGAAAGUGAACUUAGCCUCUGGUAUCACUGCCUUUGGCUCCAACAAAGAGGCAGCUGAUGGCUCAUAAUAGUAGUAGGUGCAGAUUCAUCUUUGAUAUUGAAUUGAAAUUCCAUUUGCUGGUGGUUUAUUAUUUUUAAACAUAAAGCAUAUCUAAAAAUAAAAAAAUUCUGAAACCCGUUUAGAAGUUGGAAAGAUACUGAAGCUUAAGGCUUCAUAAGCUUGAAAUUUAUCCAGAUGCCUAUAUCUUCCCUGUCAGUGGUGAAAAUCCAGCUGUUCUCAUACAAACCUUCUAGAGCUUUGCUUGCAACAAUCAUGGUUGUCUUCACACUUAUUCUUUGUAGACAGCUUCAAAAGAUGUAUUGUACAUUUGUGCAUUGAAAAAAUAAUGUUAAUCUUUGAUCUGUUGGUGGUGCCACUGUCUACCACCAGGUUUUAUAGUAGUUUGUCUCAGCUCACAAGACAUGCUGUUUUUGUUACAUUCAACAAUAUUCUUAUUCCCAGGGCACAUUGUGGUGUUUGGUCUGUUCAGUUCUGUAAACCUCGUAAAUCAAAUAUUUAGAUCCUUUACCUAUGAAGGAAGGUUUAUACCAACAACUUCAUGGGUUUUAGACGAGAUCUAGUGGAUCCUAGCGUUUUGAGAUAAAUUUAAUCGGUGGAUUACAAUACUUUUAUAAAUAGAUGUCUUGAACUCCAGUGGAGGUCUUUUUCAUUUGUGAAGGGGUGCCAGAGAGAUGUUGGUUAGAAAUAUUCAUGAGUUGAGAGUUAAAUAUGGGAUCAAUGAUCUCAAAAUGCUUAAAUGUUAUAGUUCCUUGCCGCCUCUGGUUGCAUGUAACUUUCAAUAGCUAAUUGUUCAUCUUCAGUAGUGAUUUUAUCUACCUUGGUUGAGUCUGAGCAAUUUUGUUACUGAUGGACUGUAUGUUAACCCAGUAAAUGUAUAACUUGAAGUUGUUUGCCUACCCAGGUAAUAUCCCCUAACCUUCUGUUGAUAGCAUCAGUAAAUUAAUCCAUGUAUUUGUUUUCCUUGUAUCAGGGUUAUGCUCCCUUUUUAAUAGGUGCCCUUAAAUUAAUCCAUAGAUUUUGGAUCUAUUUUUGUUAACUUCAUAGAGCUACUGCUCCAGGAACUUCAAGCAGCAUGCUAUGACAUCUCAGAAACUAGACCCUGUCUGCCCACAGAAGAAGUGAUGAUUACUUGCUAUGUAUUUUUUCUAUUUUUUUUUUAUGAGCUUGUGCAAUUGCCCAAUCUCAUAAUAGGUUGGACAGAACCACUUCACUAGCAAUUUGAAUAUAUGUAGAGGUUAGAUUGCUGGGGGCUCAGGGUUUGUGGUUUAGGGUUAACUCAUAUAAUUAGUAAUAUGGGUUCCUUCUUUGUUGUUGAUAACAAUGUCACAGGUCUCUCUAAAUUGUGCAUACAAGGUUUGUUGUUUAUUUAUUUUUAUAAUUGAGGAAUCUUCUAUGACUGAACCCUUUGAACUCUUCAUGAGAAACCAAACCUCAGGCUGUUGACCACACCCUUCACAACCAGGGUAAUCCAGAGCAUUUAACCAGUUAUCAUCUCUUUUUUUUUUCUUUUUUUUCUUUGUCUUUUUUGAUGUCCUCAACAGUAGUUUAAUUUGAUCACAAAUACACCUUCAGCAGCUCAGUGCAGAACAUUCGACAAUAUCUGAUCUGGAUUACUCCCUGAUGUAGUACAAGCCCUCAAGCAAAAUAUAAUUGGUCACAAUAUUAUAAUAUACUUGGUUUAAUCUGUUUUGAUUAAAUGGCUAACAUGGUCUGGUAUCUCCUUGCUGUUUUCAGGAAAGGUCUGAGUUCUGCCCUUGGGGAAGGUGGGAGUUCACAAAAGGAGCAAAUGGAAAAAGUGAAGGAAAAUCAGAGCAUUGUCUAUAGAAAUUGUUCUGAAUGACAUUUUUGGAACCUUCUUUGCGCUCAUGGUCUGAACUGUUAAACUAACAUGUAGAUAAUUGUAUGUAUUUUAGGCUAAGUGACAAGAAAAAUGCCAAAGAUUCCACCACAAUGAAGAUGUAAUUGGCAUAAAGCCAAUCCUUGUUCAAAAGAGUAUGCAAUUAGCUAAGCAAUCUCCUUAGAGAUUGAGUCAUCA